AUGGCCUGGAAGGCAAGCGAGCGGUUGAUGGACACCAUCCGGCACUAUGCCAGCUUCCCCGCUACUGGCGUGAGCCUGCGUCAGAUGGUGCAGUUUGGCGAGAAGCCGUCAACUGGGACACUAUUCCGUGCCUCGCAGUUCCUCGCCGAGGAGCUGCCCAUCCGACUCGCCCACCGUGUCCAGGAGCUCGAAACCCUACCUGAUGGCCUCAACGAGAUGCCCUCGGUGAAGAAGGUGGCUGAAUGGUAUGCACAGUCGUUCGAGGCCCGAUCUCGCCAAGGAGCGACACCAAACCCGAGCAUUGAAGAGGGGCAGUACAACUCGUGGAACGGUACCGCCAACGGCAACGGCAAUGGCUGGUCCAAGGGCAGGUUCCCCGCAACAAGGAGAUACUUUGCUAUGGUGGACGACACAGGCGACUGGCCACCUGAGCUGCAAUUGUAUAACAUGAAAUUUGCCCAGGCAUUACAUCGCAUCAAGAGGCGGCACGACAGCGUGGUCACCACCAUGGCGCAGGGCAUCCUCGAGUACAAACGCAAACGGCAACGGAUGCAGAUCGACAGCAACAUACAAUCCUUCCUGGACCGCUUCUACAUGUCGCGCAUCGGGAUACGCAUGCUCAUCGGACAGCACAUUGCUCUGACCGACCAGAGCCACUACCGAGACCCUUCUUACGUUGGUAUCAUCUGCACCAAGACGUACGUUAAGGACCUGGCGCAGGAAGCCAUUGAGAACGCACGAUUUGUUUGCGAGGACCAUUACGGUCUGUUCGAGGCGCCCAAGAUCCAGCUCGUAUGCGAUCCAAACCUCAACUUCAUGUAUGUGCCGGGCCACUUGUCGCACAUGCUCUUCGAGACGCUCAAGAACUCGCUGCGCGCCGUGGUUGAGACACACGGCCAAGACAAGCAGGAGUUCCCCGUCACCAAGGUGAUCGUGGCCGAGGGCAAGGAGGACAUCACGAUAAAGGUCUCAGACGAGGGCGGCGGUAUCCCACGCAGCGCCAUCCCGCUGGUCUGGACGUACAUGUACACCACUGUCGACAGGACACCCAACCUCGACCCGGACUUUGACAAGAGCGACUUCAAGGCACCUAUGGCCGGGUUCGGCUACGGCUUACCAAUAUCACGACUGUAUGCGAGGUACUUUGGCGGUGACCUCAAGCUAAUAAGCAUGGAAGGUUACGGCACAGACGUGUACCUCCACCUGAACCGCCUAUCAAGCUCGUCGGAGCCGCUGGCAUAG